AUGGGCGCGGUGCACGGCGUGUACGCUAAGUACGUGGGGCUGAGCGUUGGCAGCCUUGGCACGUUUCUCUGUCUCAAGCCCGAGGAGGUUGCGCAUGCCGAGCUCCCCCUCCUGUGUGUUCUGGUCUCUCUGCUGUACGCCAGUUGCCUGAACGCGGUCAUCGCGGCUCUCUUUCGGCUGGAGUCUUGCAUGGGGAUCCUCGGCAAGGACGAGUCGACCGGCGCUGUGCCAGCGUGGUCUUAUGUCUUGUUCGCGCCAUUCCAUUUGCCGACCUUCCUGUACACCGCCGCGUCGCGCCAGAGGGAUGCGGUCACGGGCGUGAGCGUUGCCGACGAGGUCGCGGCGGGUUGGUGGCUGGGUGGACGCUAUGCGAGUGAGCUGAGGCGGCAGUGGUCUGGCAUCAUAGAUCGGGCGACUUCCCGGAGCGGUGUGCCGGCAGCGAGGGGCCCGGCUCGUACCUGCUCCUGCGCUGCUGGGACGGCGUGCCGCCCACGCCGCAGCAGCUGGAGGAGGCCGCCUCGUUCGCCCUGA